UCAUGGUACGCACAAAACAACUUUACCACAAAAUACAGAUAUACGAUAGACGUGUGACUGAUUUAAUGUAAAUUAUAACAUUUAUCAAGAUUAUGAUUAGUGAUUUAAAUUAUUAUGAUUUUUAUUAUUUAAUAUUUGGCUACGAAACCGGGACCGGACGUACUAGGAUAAAGAGUAUUACGGGCAUGAAAACUAGUAUUCGAUUGAAAUAAUAUUAUGUCCAUGGAAUGACAUGGAUACCAUCACUAUUACAGACUUCAAGUAAUCUGCAUUACAACAAUAAUAGUUCUUGUACUACAAAGAAUCCAAAAAUGCAGCGCGAAGACAAACAAUUGGAACUGGUGCUUGAAAAUUUCCAAAGUAAGUUGAACGAGUUCAAAGCCCAAAUAUACGCUCUUAUAUUCAAGUUAGAACACGAACGAGACAAUGUCAACUGGACCACAGUGCUUGAUACCUUCGCAGUGUUUUCAACACAGUACACUGCCAUCAUGAAGUACCUCUCUUAUGAGAAACUUCCUCAGUUGCGUAACUACAGUGUACUGCCACUGAUGUUGAACCCCGAGCGCGAUGAAGAUCUUGCACGCAUCACUGAGAAUCGAGUGCCGGCUCUGUCCCACGACAUCGUACCCGAUUUCUUGCGUACCAAAACAGAACCUGAAGUCGAACACAAACUCAUGCAGGUUGAGCACAAGGCAGGUGGUUUACAAUUUGAAACAGCACAAAAACAGCUGGCAGCAUUUAACAAGGUAGUUAAUCAUGUACUGGAUCUUGUUUCUAAAGCCAGGGAAGAAUGGGAAGUGGAAACUGGAGCUCGUGUUGGUAUUGGCCAAACCUCAUCAGUUGCAGAUUUGCAUACACUAGUUUCCGCUGUAAGCAUGGGUAAAAAUUUAAAACCGAUGGUGCCACAAGUAUCUCCUGGUGGUAUGAUGGUGCCUCCGACCGGUAGACCAGUUACUCCUAGCAUGGGGCCAAAUACCCCACCAAUGGGUAUGAUGCCCAAACCCCCUCCUGGAAUGAAAACCAAUGUAAAGGCUGCUGGAGCACCUCAUCAAUAUAGAUAAAGCAAUUCCUUGAAUGUUAUGUCAUGUGAUAUUCUUCUCAAUGUUAUAUCAAACAUUUUUUUUCAUAUCCAUGUCAAUAAUCGUAACAUUCUAAUAUUGUUUAACAAAUGUAAAUGUAUAUUUAUGUACAUAUUAAUAUAGUUUAAAAAUGUACAGUUGGUUUAUUUAUAAAAGUAAA